CGCAAAUCGCAGAUGGACGGAUCCGUCAGAGCCGCGAAGGAUGGUGGUAAAUUUGCUGUCAUAGAAAGUAAUAGAAGGAAAUCUGUUCAAACGAGCUUUAAAGGGAUGAGCUAAAUGCUUUACCCAGAAUCCAGUUUCUCCUCGUAGGCUACACCAUUCCGCUUGCACCACCGGCUCUGUCCGAGGACGGAAUAAAGGUGCUGGAAAGGUUUCGGUAGUAAGAAUGGAGCGGGCGCCAAGCAAAAGCCCCACCGGCGUGAGUCAACCCCCUCAACCUGCCCAGCAUGAACCCAUUAGUUUUGGUAUUGACCAGAUUCUUAGCGGUACCGAACAGGACGGUUCACAGAACAACACCCGGAGUGGUUCGGAUACUGGCAACUCCACAAGUGGAGGAAGUUACCACCUUGGUAGUCCAACUGGAGCUAGUGCAGCACCCUUCACCUCGCUUUCCGGUUCUUUCCAUGGUAUCGCCUCGUCAUAUGAGGAAUCAAGUGCGUACGGAGUGAACUUGACUUUCACACCAGGAGGGGUGAUUCGCGUCCCGGCGCACAGGCCUCUGGCCGCCGCGGUACCACCUCCAAUAGCCAGCGCGGUACCCGGGUUAGGCAGCAUCAGCUUCCCCUGGAUGGAGAGCAGCCAAAGAUUCGCCAAGGACAGAUUCGCAGCUGCACUGACACCAUUCACAGUGGCCCGGCGGAUCGGUCACCCCUACCAGAACCGCACCCCUCCAAAGAGGAAGAAGCCAAGAACGUCCUUCUCUCGGGUGCAGAUCUGUGAGCUGGAGAAACGCUUCCACAGACAGAAGUACCUGGCCAGUGCUGAGAGGGCAGCUCUUGCCAAGACCCUCAAAAUGACCGACGCCCAGGUGAAGACCUGGUUCCAGAACCGCAGGACUAAAUGGAGGCGACAGACGGCUGAAGAGAGAGAGGCGGAACGUCAGCAGGCCAAUCGGCUGAUGAUCCAACUGCAGCACGACGCCUUCCAGAAGUCCCUGAGCGACUCGGUUCCGUCCGACCCGCUCUGCAUUCACAACUCGUCCCUGUUCGCCCUGCAGAACCUGCAGCCGUGGGCCUCAGAGGAAGCUGGAAAGAUGGGAGGUGUGACCGCUCUAGUCUGACUGGGAUAGGGUGAGGCCCUCUGGACAUUAAACACUGACUGGCCCAUUGCUUACUGACUGCUGUCUAAGAAAUUGCACAAAGGUGAUCG